AUGCUUCCAAGCUCACUCACCAGCAUCUAUCGACAGUAUAAACACGAUACAGAUGUGGUAGCUACUUGGCUGGCCACGACGGCCAAGCAUCUUGGGUACGAUGCAUCAAAAUUCACCCUGUCCAGACAAACAAGUUCGAGAACCCAAGACACAAAGCACGCUAAUCUGGCUGGCAAGGCCUCUCAAACCCACAAUGAGUCCCUCAAAAUCGAUAGUUCUUCUACACAUGGUCGAAGGCGGUUCGUCCUCGCCAUCCGCGACUUUGUACCAUUAGCCAGGUACAUAGCGAGCCAACCAAGACGCGUCAGAAUCACCUCGUCAUUCUCAACGGCCAUCGACCGUGCCGUGCAUGCGCGGGCAGACUUCCAUGUUUUGCUGAGCAAAUAUGGAAACAUUACUGACGACACGGCCGACUCACGUCAUUCGCAUUUUGCUGGCAUCCUCGGCGCUGUGCGCGACUUACUACGACCGUUGACUUUACCCUCCGUACCUGUCAUGACUGGCACUUGCCGCACUCUGGGCGACAAGAAGCUAUACUACUUUAACUCCUUCACACCCCUGACCGUCUACGACACCCCAGACAUGGAUGAAACGGUCGGCGGGAACAUGAUAGCUCAGCCAGUAUACGAGGCGGAGCGUGAGGACACGUUUGAGGACGCAUGUUGGGCAUUUUCCAUUCUUUUGCAUGACUUUACUGCACUCAGAAUGCAAGUCAAAAAUCUCUGGGAGCGAUAUGCACGUCGCGAAUUGCACCUAGGCAGCGUGGCUAUCGCGACGAAUGCGGCGAUACAGAUUGCUCGCAGCUUGGAGGAGGACGUCGAGCAUUUGUUCGCUGCUCAUGGCGGUGCCCACGUAAUUCAGAAGCAGUGGUAUGGGAUCCUUUGCGACGAUGCCGGCCAUGAUUCAAGGCCGGAGCCGGGCGAGUUGCUCAACUGGGAAGCAUACCGCCUUGCAGAUGAUUGCUUCCUCCCGGCAAAUCUGAUGAUUGCAAUGUUCUUUGAGGCUUAUGCUCUGGGGAAGAUGCAUCAUUACAAUGGGAACUUUGAUUGGUAUGGCGAACUUGCAGAAGCCAUCGAUCACAAAACAGAGUUCUUUCAAGGCAAAGCGGCCCUUUCAGAGAUAUUGAUGGAGACCGCGGUCGUAUUUCACGUCCUGUCGGACAAGGAAACAAUCCAUUGCCGAGACGAAUUCAGUCUGGCAAUUUUGGCCAUGCUGGACUGCACUCGGCCCAGCGUCCCACUGUCACUCAGUCUUGCCGGGACUAUGUACCUUGAUAGUCUCGUCAUACUCAAGGGACAGCUUGAUCGUCCAUAG